UCAGUUAGUUUUACACCGCCACCAUCUUCCACCCACUCACACCAAGACAAAUCGUGAGUUGAACUUGCAGAAGACUACAAUUUCCUCCUCCUCUGUUCCCCUUCUUCGCAUUCUCCCUAAGAACCCUAUCCUCCACAGGUUAGGGUUUCGCAGCCAUGGGAGAAGGAACUGCGUGGAGGCAGUUGAAGAUCAUGCUCAGGAAGAACUGGCUCCUCAAGAUUCGUCACCCUUUCGCCACUGCAGCUGAGAUUUUGCUUCCUACGGUUGUGUUGUUGCUAUUAGUAGCUGUCAGGACACGAGUCGACACCCAAAUUCAUCCAGUUCAAUCGCACAUUCAAAAAGACAUGUUUGUUGAAGUGGGAAAAGGUAUAUCCCCUAACUUCCAACAAGUUUUGGAAUCCUUGCUCGAUAAGGGAGAGUAUUUAGCUUUUGCACCGGAUACCGAUGAGACAAAGCUGAUGAUAGAUGUAGUGUCGAUAAAAUUUCCUCUCUUGAAGCUUGUUAGUAGAGUAUACCAAGAUGAGGUAGAUUUGGAGACCUACAUCCGUUCAGAUGCUUAUGGCACCUGCAAUCAAGUAAGGAAUUGUUCAAAUCCCAAAAUUAAAGGAGCAGUUGUAUUUUACGAACAAGGUCCUCAGUCCUUUGAUUAUAGUAUACGCCUCAAUCAUACAUGGGCUUUCUCUGGUUUUCCAGAUGUUACAACAAUAAUGGACACAAAUGGACCUUUUCUUAAUGACUUGGAACUUGGUGUCAGUGCUGUACCAACGAUGCAAUACAGCUUCAGUGGAUUUUUCACUCUCCAGCAGAUGGUCGAUUCAUUCAUAAUAUUAAUGGCUCAGCAGUCUGACAUAAAUUCCAGUGCUAAAGAUGUAAAGCUCCCUCUACCAGGCUUCUAUAAUGCUGAUUUCUCUUCAAAAAUUCCAUGGACUCAAUAUAACCCUGCUCACAUACGAAUAGCUCCAUUUCCCACUCGGGAAUACACUGAUGACCAGUUCCAGUCAAUCAUAAAGGAAGUCAUGGGAAUAUUGUACUUAUUAGGGUUUCUCUAUCCGAUUUCCCGUCUGAUAAGUUAUUCUGUGUUUGAGAAGGAACAGAAAAUUAAAGAAGGACUCUAUAUGAUGGGCCUGAAAGAUAGUGUAUUUCAUCUGUCUUGGUUUAUUACAUAUGCUUUGCAGUUUGCUAUUUCUUCUGGGGUCCUUACAGCUUGCACCAUGGAUAAUUUAUUCAAGUAUAGUGAUACGACACUGGUGUUUGUGUACUUUUUUGUUUUUGGGCUUAGUGCGAUCAUGCUGUCAUUUUUUAUAUCAACAUUUUUCAAACGGGCCAAAACAGCAGUAGCUGUUGGAACUCUGUCUUUUCUCGGUGCCUUUUUACCUUAUUACAGUGUCAAUGAUGAGGGAGUUUCUAUGAUCUUGAAGGUUGUUGCUUCUUUGCUUUCACCUACGGCCUUUGCUCUGGGUUCGGUCAACUUUGCUGAUUAUGAGCGUGCUCAUGUUGGACUUCGUUGGAGCAACAUAUGGCGGGAAUCAUCUGGAGUAAACUUCUCCGCAUGUCUUCUGAUGAUGAUACUUGAUACGCUGCUAUAUUGUGUUAUUGGACUGUAUUUUGAUAAGGUUCUUCCCAGGGAGUAUGGACGGCGAUAUCCAUGGAGUUUUAUUUUCAAAAAGAACUUCUGGAGGAAGAAAGAAAUUGUAAACCAUUGUUCCUCCAGUUCCAAAGAUAAAAAUGUUGGUAACGAUUCUGAGUCAGAAAGAGACCUUUUAGGGGAUGAUGCUUACAAACCUGCUAUAGAAGCAAUAAGCUUAGACAUGAAACAACAGGAGCUUGAUGGCAGGUGCAUUCAAAUCAGGAAUUUGCAUAAAAUGUAUGAUACUAGAAAAGGAGAUUGCUGUGCUGUUAACUCAUUGCAGUUAACGUUGUAUGAAAAUCAGAUUCUUGCUCUUUUAGGUCAUAAUGGAGCUGGGAAAAGCACAACAAUCUCAAUGCUUGUUGGUCUUGUUCCUCCUACUUCAGGGGAUGCUUUGGUUUUUGGGAAGAACAUCAUAUCAGAUAUAGAUGAGAUACGGAAGGUUUUGGGUGUCUGCCCACAACAUGAUAUACUCUUUCCUGAAUUGACUGUGAGAGAGCAUUUAGAACUGUUUGCAGCAUUAAAGGGUGUGGAGGUAGACUCAUUGGAGGGUGUUGUUGCUAACAUGGUUGAUGAGGUGGGCUUGGCUGAUAAAGUUAACAGUGUUGUGAGUUCUCUUUCUGGUGGCAUGAAGAGGAAGUUAUCUCUUGGGAUUGCAUUGAUUGGAAACAGUAAGGUUAUAGUUCUUGAUGAACCUACAAGUGGAAUGGAUCCCUACUCAAUGCGCUUGACUUGGCAGUUGAUAAAAAAAUUUAAGAAGGGUAGGAUAAUUUUGCUAACAACACAUUCUAUGGAUGAAGCGGAUGAACUAGGGGAUCGGAUAGCUAUCAUGGCCAAUGGUUCUCUGAAAUGCUGUGGAAGCUCCCUUUUCUUGAAGCAUCACUAUGGAGUUGGUUAUACUCUUACUCUUGUGAAGUCAGCUCCUACUGCUUCUAUAGCUGGUGAUAUAGUGUACCGUCAUGUUCCUUCAGCAACCUGUAUAAGCGAGGUCGGAACUGAGAUUUCCUUCAGGCUUCCUUUGGCAUCCUCAUCAGCCUUUGAAAGGAUGUUUAGGGAAAUCGAAAGUUGCAUGAAAAUCCCAGUUUUAGACUUGGAAGUAAGUGGCAGUGGUGACAAAGACAGUCAUGGUAUUGAAAGCUAUGGUAUAUCUGUUACAACUCUGGAGGAGGUAUUCUUGAGAGUUGCAGGAUCUGACUAUGAUGAAGUUGAAUCCUUUAAAGAAAAUAUCCGAUCCCAUAUAUCAGAUUCUGUGCCUUCUCUUCCUUUUAGUGAUCGUCCAUCCACAAAAAUAUGUGACCUUAAAGUUGUUGGAAAUUAUAAGAAGAUUCUUGGUUUCGUGUCUACAAUGGUUGGAAGAGCUUUUAAUUUAAUUUUUGCUACGGUUAUUAGUUUCAUCAACUUUGUGAGUAUGCAGUGUUGUGGCUGUUGUCUCAUUACUAGGUCUACAUUCUGGAAACAUUCUAAAGCUUUAUUCAUUAAAAGGGCAAUAUCUGCUCGGAGAGAUCACAAAACGCUUGUUUUCCAGUUACUGAUUCCUGCUGUCUUCUUGUUUAUUGGUCUUCUAUUUCUUGAGCUCAAGCCACAUCCUGAUCAACAGUCACUGAUCCUUUCAACUUCUUAUUUUAAUCCUCUACUGAGCGGUGGGGGUGGGGGAGGUCCAAUUCCAUUUAAUCUAUCUUUGCCAAUUGCUGAAAAGGUUGCAAAAAGUGUCGAAGGAGGGUGGAUUCAAAUGUGCAAGCCAAGCUCUUAUAAAUUCCCAAAUUCAGAGAAGGCAUUAUCUGAUGCAGUGGAAGCAGCUGGGCCAACACUGGGACCUGCUCUACUUUCAAUGAGUGAAUAUUUGAUGUCUAGCUUUAAUGAAUCCUACCAAUCUAGGUAUGGAGCAAUUGUAAUGGAUGAUCAGAAUAAUGAUGGAAGCUUAGGCUACACUGUAUUGCACAACUUUUCUUGUCAACAUGCGGCUCCCACCUUUAUCAAUUUGAUGAAUUCUGCAAUUCUGAGGCUUGCUACUCAUAAUACGAAUAUGACAAUUCAGACACGCAACCACCCUCUUCCAAUGACCAAAAGCCAGCACUUACAACGUCAUGAUCUGGAUGCCUUCUCUGCUGCUGUCAUUGUCAAUAUUGCCUUCUCUUUUAUACCUGCCUCCUUUGCUGUUUCAAUUGUUAAGGAACGUGAAGUGAAAGCUAAGCACCAACAACUAAUCAGUGGGGUUUCAGUCUUUUCAUAUUGGGCUUCUACAUUUAUGUGGGACUUCGUGAGCUUCUUGUUUCCAGCCUCGUUUGCCAUAAUUCUCUUUUACAUCUUUGGUCUGGAUCAGUUUGUUGGAGGGGUUUCUUUGUUACCGACGAUCCUCAUGCUUUUGGAAUAUGGACUUGCAAUUGCGUCGUCAACUUAUUGCCUUACAUUUUUCUUUUUUGACCAUAUGGUGGCUCAGAACGUGGUUCUCCUGGUCCACUUCUUUACUGGAUUGAUACUAAUGGUUAUCUCAUUCGUUAUGGGACUCAUCCCAUCCACAAUAAGUUUCAAUUCUUUUCUUAAGAAUUUUUUCAGAAUAUCACCUGGGUUUUGUUUUGCUGAUGGUCUUGCUUCAUUAGCUCUUCUGCGGCAAGGAAUGAAAGAUAAAACAAGUGAUGGAGUGUUUGAUUGGAAUGUAACUGGUGCCUCCAUUUGUUAUCUUGCUGUUGAGAGCUUUGGUUACUUUUUGUUGACACUCGCACUUGAAAUUUUUCCUUCUCCCAAAUUGACUUCAUUCAUGAUCAAGAAUUGGUGGGGGAAGAUUAAUAUAUUUCAGCAAAAUGCUACUUAUCUGGAACCCCUUUUAGAACCUUCCUCAGAAACUGUUGUGAUGGACUUCGAGGAAGAUGUAGAUGUGAAAACAGAAAGAAAUAGGGUACUUUCAGGUUCCCUUGACAAUUCCAUUAUCUACUUGCGCAAUCUUCGGAAGGUAUACUCCGAAGAGAAGUAUCAUGGGAAAAAGGUUGCAGUAGAUUCAUUAACCUUCUCAGUUCAGGAAGGAGAAUGUUUUGGCUUUUUAGGGACAAAUGGAGCUGGAAAGACUACAACUCUUUCUAUGCUAUGUGGGGAGGAAACUCCUUCUGAUGGGACUGCUUUUAUUUUUGGCAAAGAUAUAUGCUCCCAUCCCAAGGCUGCUCGUCAAUAUAUUGGAUAUUGUCCACAAUUCGAUGCCCUAUUGGAGUUCUUAACUGUCCAAGAGCAUCUUGAGCUUUAUGCUAGAAUAAAAGGUGUUCCAGACUACACAUUAGAAAAUGUUGUUAAUGAAAAGAUGGUGCAGUUUGACUUAUUGAAGCAUGCUAAUAAACCAUCAUUUUCACUUAGUGGAGGGAAUAAAAGGAAACUGUCGGUUGCUAUUGCAAUGAUUGGAGAUCCUCCUAUUGUCAUUCUUGAUGAGCCAUCCACAGGUAUGGAUCCCAUUGCCAAAAGGUUCAUGUGGGAUGUAAUAUCUACGAUCUCAACGAGAAGAGGAAAGACUGCAGUGAUUCUUACUACCCACAGCAUGAAUGAAGCCCAAGCCUUAUGUACCAGAAUUGGGAUUAUGGUCGGUGGACGACUGAGAUGCAUUGGAAGUCCACAACAUCUAAAAUCAAGAUUUGGAAAUUAUCUAGAACUAGAGGUAAAACCUACUGAAGUGAGCUCUGCUGACUUACAAUCACUCUGCCAAGCCAUUCAGGAAAUGCUUUUGGAUAUCCCUUCUCAACCUAGAAGCUUACUUAAUGACCUUGAAAUAUGCAUUGGGGGAACUGACUCCACCACAGGAAAUACCUCUGUUGCGGAGAUUAGCUUGACAAGAGAAAUGAUAGGUUUAAUUGGACGCUGGCUUGGCAAUGAAGAGAGAGUGAAGACUCUAAUUACUUGUGCACCAGUCUAUGAUGGAGCUUCUCAGGAACAGUUAUCAGAACAAUUAUUUCGAGAUGGUGGUAUUCCAUUGCCAGUAUUUUCUGAGUGGUGGUUAUCCAAACAAAAAUUCUCAGAAAUUGAUUCAUUUAUUCUGGCUUCAUUUCGUGGAGCUAGAUGCCAAGGGUGCAAUGGUUUGAGUAUUAGAUACCAGUUACCAUAUGAUGAAGAUUUUUCCCUGGCAGAUGUUUUUGGACUUCUUGAAGGAAACAGAAAUAGAUUAGAGAUUGCAGAGUACAGCAUCAGCCAAUCAACUCUUGAGACGAUAUUUAAUCAUUUUGCAGCUAAUUCAUGAGGUGUCCUCAUUUCAUCAUUUUUCUUUCAUAAAAUGAUGCAUGGAGGAGCGCUACUAGUAGAAUUCAACGAAAGGUCUUGGGUGAGAUUCUAAGGCCAUGUAUUUUGUAUAGUCAAUGAUUAUAAUGCCAUUGAAUUGUAAAUAGAUUCCCAGUCAGGAUUGUGACACUGAGGCACUUAUUUAUCCAAUCAUACAGCUUUAGCAA